CAAUGGGUUCACGCACUGUCCUAAAUUUCAAACUAUAUAAGCACCAUAUGAAUGUGCCCUUAGUACCAAUACACAUAUAUUAUUUCGGUGUUUCGAUAAAAUCAACGUUAAAUUGAAAUAACUAACAAGAACCACAUUAAUCUUCGCUAACACAGCACGCGUGCCACCUGUAGUUUUUGUCUGGUACUAAAGACAUAGCUAAAACAUAAUACUGAGUGAAAAGGCAGUUUAAAAAUGAAUUUACUAAUCAGGUAUUAUAACUUCAGUGCUAUAUGUAUUGCCGUUACUUUUUAUGGCUACGCAUGAGCGAGUUCUGACGACAUGACAGUGCUAAAUACCGCAGUCCAAUCUCGGCAUAUCAGCACGCAUCGCCAUGAGCAAACUUCAGAAAGCCUUGCACUGUUUCGUACUCAUAAUUAUUCGUGGAUGGAAGCAAAGACCUUGUGACUUCACUUUUUCCUAUUCUAAUGCGUUGUCUGUACUUUUUCAGAUGUUUCCAUUGGUUGCAUAAUUUUCGUCAACUAAUGUUUAGCCCCGUGAGAUGUAGUCGCGCUUCAAUUGCACGACCAAUACUGAUGUCGCUGCUCAUUGGUUUGUAACCGCAUUUCAGCCUUGCCUUCGCGACCUUAUGAAUUGGCCUUAGUACACUUGCGUGACCCGAAGCAGAAUGAUAAUGCAAUGGACGCACGCAUACUUCUAUCAUUCCAAAGCUUGCGGCCCUUUAUACGCAAUGCCUCACGCCUUCAAGUGUACCAGAAAGCUGGAAGAACGCCAACAUUAUACUCAUUCACAAUAAGAGAGACGUUAAAGAAUUGAAGACUUAUGUACCCAUUAGCUUGCUUUCAGUAUUGUAUAAAAUAUUCACCAAGAUAAUUUGCAAUAGAAUCAGGGCAACACUUGACUUCAGCCAACCAAGAGGACAGGCUGGCUUCAGGAAGGGAUAUUCUACGAUGGAUCAUAUCCAUGUCAAAUCAGUAAUAGAGAAAUCUGCAGAGUACAAUCAACCUCUCUAUAUGGCUUUCGUAUAUAAUGAAAAGGCAUUUGAUUCAGUAGAGAUACCAGCAGUCAUAGAGGCAUUGCGUAAUCAAGGAGUACAGGAGGCAUACGGGAACACCUUGGCAAAUAUCUACAAGGAUUGCACAGCAACCUUGGUUCUCCACAAGAAAAGUAGAAAGAUACCUAUCAAGAAAGGGGUCAGGCAAGGAGACACAAUCUAUCCAAUGCCAUUUACUGCAUGCUUAGAAGUAUUCAAGCUCUUAAACUGGGAAGGCUUAGGAGUGAGGAUCAACGGCUAAUACCUCAGCAACCUUCGGUUUGCAGAUGACAUUGUCGUAUUCAGCAAUAAUAGAGACGAAUUACAACAAAUGAUUGAGGACCUUAAUCAAGAAAGUGUAAGAAUUGGGUUGAAGAUGAAUAUGCAGAUGACAAAGAUAAUGUUCAAUAGCCUGGCAAGGGAACAAGAAUUCAGGAUCGCCAGUCAGCCUCUAGAGUCUGUAAAGGAGUACGUUUAUCUAUCUCAAUUACUCACUUUCUCUGAUCAUGAGAAAGAAAUUUAAAGAAGAAUAAAAUUUGGUGGGGUGCAUACGGCAGACAUUGCCAAAUGCUGACUGGGAGCUUACCACUGUCGUUCAAAAGAAAAGCGUACAAGCAUUGCAUUCUACCGGUGCUAACAUAUGGGGAAGAACUUGGAGGUUAACAAAGAAGCUCGAGAACAAGUUAAGGAACGCACAAAGAGCGAUGGAGCGAAGAAUGUUAGGUCUAAGGUUAAGAGACAGGAAGAGAGUGGUGUGUAUCAGAGAACAAACGGGGAUUGCCGAUAUUCUAGUUGACAUUAACGGAAGAAAUGGAGCUGAGCAGGCCAUGUAAUGCGUAGGAUGGAUAACCGGUGGACCAUUAGAGUUAUUUGUGAUAGUGUAUUUGUGUAGUGUUAUUGAAAGUUUGGAGGUUUAGAGUAGGGAAGCGCAGUCGAAGACGGCAGAAAACUAGGUGGGGUGAUGAAAUUGGGAAAUUUGCAGGCGCAAAUUGGAAUCAGCUAGAGCAAGACAGGGGUAAUUGGAGAUAACAGGGACCUAAAUAAAGGGACCUUCGUCCUGCAGUGGACAUAAAUAGGCUGCUGCUGAUGAUGAUGAUUGGGAGCGCCUUAUCUGAGCCCCAGCAACUAUGAAGUGUUGCACUUCAUGGAAGACCUAGAUGCGAGCAACACGGCAUUGAGUAACCAUAAUCUUGUGCACAACGUGUAGGUUCAUUACAACGCUGCCCUUCCUUCCAGUGCACACAUCGAGUGAGCUUCUACUGUUGCUGCUGAUACUUCGAAAUCGAGGGUAGAAGACAAAAGAAAAUUUCAAAAAGCAUAUAGCAUAGUGUAGUGUAGCAAUAUAAAAUAUUGUGUUACUGAAUAUCAUCAGCGUGUGAAGGGUUUCAGAGAACGCACUGAAACAGUGAGGCCAGCUUGUUCUAUUUAGUGUAUUUGUGUAGUUUUAUUGAAAGUUUGGAGGAAAAUAUUUGUGACGAUCGGGUGACGUCACCACAGCCAUAUUUUAGUUGGCCCGCUAAGCUCAGUGGCCUGCCGAAGCUCGGUGGGCAACAUUGGUGCUCUGCAUCGAAUAAACAGCGUGAGCACAGCUGCUCGGCGCUCAGUCAUCGUUCACCUACCACGCUGCGCGUCGUAUCUGGGACGGGGGUUCUUCGGCCCCUCCCCUUUCGUUCAUGGUCCGGGGCGGAUCGUGACACUGGCGACGAAGGAAGCCCACUUGUCGACCCAAGCCACCGAGAGCGGCCAGACACCGCCCCCCGUUCCUGCCGCCAUGCCGCUGUACGGGAGGCUCGUGCCGUUCGAGGGUGAUGGGUCCGCCUGGCCAGUCUACGAGGAUCAAGUUCACGUGUUUUUCCGGGCGAACGAGACGCCCGAGGCAAAACAGCGGGACAUUUUCCUGGCCAGCUGCGGGACCCGCGUCUUCGGUCUCCUGCUCGACCUUCUAUAGCCGGCCACACCGCAUGUCAAGACACUCGGGGAGCUGCUCAACACAUUGCGGUCGCACUUCAGCCCGGCACCGUCAGCGUUAAUGGAGCGUUUUCGCUUCAACAACCGGAGCCGCCGCGAAGGAGAGACCCCCGGCCAGUUCGUCGCUGCGUUACGAGGGUUAGCGAGUGCUUGCGCCUUCGGGGACCAGCUCGAAUCGCUGCUCCGGGACCGUUUCGUCUGCGGGAUAAACAACCCCACCAUGCAGACACGACUCCUGGAGCUUCCUGAUCCCUCGCUGGACGACGUCGUGAAGGCAGCGCAGGCGAUGGACGCUGCGGCCAAGGACGCCGGCGAGAUUGCACGCGCGACCGGCUCACCGUCGACGGAAGCAACGGUCAACAAGAUGACGACUAAGGGUGUUACGUGCAGUCGCUGCGGUGGUGACCACUCCCCCUCACAGUGCCAGUUCUCCCAAGCACAAUGCUUCACGUGCGGAAAAACUGGGCACCUCGCACGGGUUUGCCGAGGGGGGAGGACGAACAGCGGACAGCAGCAGCAGCCUGGAUCAAGCCCAGGUUCCACACAAGCCCGCGGUCAGGGUAGCCGUCGCAAGGGUUCGCGACGAAGACGUGCGUCAGCAGGCGCGGGUCCUUCAGCGGCCAGGCUCCACGUCGUGGCCGAGAACCCGCCAAUCUUCGACAUGUGGCACACAGGCCUAGUUCCGUUGUCUGUGCCACCGUAUCUGCUGACCGUUGAAGUCUGCGGGCACCCCAUUUCCAUGGAGCUGGACACAGGAGCCAGCGUGUCGGUCAUGGCCGGGAAACUGUUCGAGCGUACUUUCCCCGACGUGGCCAUUGAGGCUUCAGGCGUUAUGCUACGCAGCUACUCCGGACAGCUCUCCCAGGUCCAGGGGCAGGCCCAGGUCAGCGUUCGCUUUGGUGACAAGGAGGCAACCCUUCCCCUUUAUUUAACCAAGGGGUCAUCACCGACACUGCUGGGCCGAAAUUGGAUUCACGCACUGGGCGUUCGGUUGCCGGAGUACCAAGAGGCCGUCUUACAUGUGGUCAAAGAUUUCCCAAGCCUCCUGACCGAUUUCAAGUCCCUGUUCCAACCGGGGGUGGGCACAUUUGCUGGCACGACGGCUGGCAUUUACGUUCCUGAGGGAGCCCGGCCUCGUUUUUUCAAGCCUCGCCCACUGCGAGAGGGCAUCCUGGUGCCCUUCCAGUCCUCAAGCGAGAUGGGAGUGUCAGGAUCUGCGGGGAUUUCAAGGUCACCAUCAACCCCGUCGCUACCGUCGAGAAGUACCCGCUGCCCCGGAUUGAAGAUCUUUGGUCAGCGCUGUCCGGGGGACAGAAGUUCACAAAGCUCGACCUCAGACGCUUACCAGCAGCUGGUGCUCCAGGAUGCCUCCCGGAAGUAUGUCACGAUAUCGACAACUUUGGGGCUCUUCCAGUAUACGCGCUUACCGUUUGGUGUGGCCUCAGCCCCGGCCAUUUUUCAGAGGGAGAUGGACAACCUCUUCAGGGGCAUGAGGCACGUGGCGGUGUACUUGGACGACAUCCUGGUUACUGGCACCGACGACGGGGACCACCUGCAGAACCUGCACAACGUCCUGGCACGAUUGCAGGACGCCGGUCUCAAGCUCAAGCUGGAAAAGUGCGUUUUCCUGGCCCCCAGCGUUGAGUACCUGGGACACGUCAUUUCCCAGGCUGGCCUGUCUCCAGCCCCCCGCAAAGUUGAUGCUGUGCUCAAGGCGCCAAAGCCCCACAACAAGGAGCUUCAGAGCUACCUCGGCCUCAUCAACUUCUACAGGAGUUUCCUACCAAAGCUGUCGGCGCAUCUAGAGCCCCUCCAUCUUCUACUUCGAGAUGGUCAGCAAUGGACCUGGAAGAAGGAGCAGGAAGUGGCAUUCCAGCGCAGCCAGGAGCUAAUCGCCAAGGCUCCAGUGCUGGUGCACUUCGAUCCGGACAAGCCUGUCGGCCUAACAGUAGAUGCGUCGCCGUACGGCGUGGGAGCCGUCCUGGCGCACCGGGACAAGGAUGGCCAGGAACGCCCUGUUUCGUUUGCAUCCCGUCGGCUUCUUGCUGCAGAGCAACGCUACAGCCAGCUGGAUAAGGAAGGCCUGGCCCUCAUGUUCGGGGUCGAGCGCUUUCACCAGUACCUGUGGGGCAGAGAAUUUGAGGCAAUCACGGACCACAAGCCGCUGCUGGGUCUGCUGGGGCCGGACAAGGCGGUUCCCGUGCAGGCCUCGCCUCGAGUGGUACGCUGGGCCUUGAGGCUUGCGGCCUACAACUACCGGUUGGUCUACCGUCCGGGAAAGGACCUGGGACCUGCUGAUGCCCUUAGCCGCCUGCCCCUGCCGGAGGUGCCAGCUGCUGCUCCAGAGCCUGCUCAACUGUUCAUGCUGGGGCACGCGUACCCGGAGGUGCUCUCCAGAUCUGCGGUGUCACAGGCGACCAGCCGGGAUCCAGUCCUGUCCCAGGUGGUCAAGGCGGUGUCCCGAGGGGAGGAGUUGGUGCAGCAGGCUUACAGCCACAAGGCUGCCGAGCUGAGCCUGCAGCAGGGCUGCCUACUCUGGGGCUCCAGGGUGGUGAUCCCACAAAGUCUCCGGUCCAGGGUCCUGCAGUUGCUGCACGCGGGUCAUCCUGGUGUAGAAAAGACCAAGAUGGUGGCCCGGUCCCACGUUUGGUGGCCUGGCCUGGACCAGGACAUCACUCACAUGGUGCAGAGCUGCCAGGUCUGCCAGGAGCACCAGCGGGCCAACUAAAAUAUGGCUGUGGUGACGUCACCCGAUCGUCACAAUAUUGUUAAAGACCUGAGCGAGACUUUGAUGUUCUGGGAUCUGCUACACCCCUCACUUCCCUGGUAUGCAGUGAAAAUAAAUUGAAAAUUGAAAUGAAAUAAACAGACAUACUUCUA